AUGUCUCACGAAUCCGUCUGGAACUCGCGCCCGAGGAAGUACGGCAAGGGCUCUCGUGGCUGCCGUGUCUGCACCCACAAGGCCGGUCUCAUCCGCAAGUACGGCCUCGACAUCUGCCGUCAGUGCUUCCGUGAGAAGUCCACCGACAUUGGCUUCGUCAAGGUACGA